AUGGAAUACUCGCAGAUAACCUCCGUUAAGCAACAUUAUGAUCAAUGGGCUGUACGUGAUAAUACAGGUGAGCGAAAAAUUUACGAAAAUCACGUCCAUAAAAUAACUGAUGAUUGGCUGAAGGUAUAUGGGCUGGAAGCGCAAAAACUAACUUUAGCCGAUUUUGCUCGUGAAAAAGAGAGAUGUAUUGGCAAUUAUCAUAGGCGAACAGAAUGGUUAUUAACAGGGAGUAGAAAGCUAUUUGGUCUAGUUCAUGGUCAAAAUAUAGCUAUCUUGAUAGAUAUGUCUGACAAUAAUUGUAGCUGUGGUCGAUUAGUUACCCUACAGGACUCUCUGCUGAAAUUAAUUGAUGAACAGUUAACAUCGAGAGAAGGAUUUUAUAUCAUGCCAUUCGGAACAUAUCCAAGACCGCAAUUUAGAAAUAUACGCAGCGUAAAUCAUAGGAGCUUAGAUGAUACUCGACAAUUCGUAAAACAGCUGCAACCUCUGGGAGGUUGUAAUCUAAUCGGAGCUUUGAAAUUAGUUCUAAAGAAAAGGAAACAAUUUGAUUCAAUCAUCAUAAUCUUAGGUGGAAGCCCUGAUCAACCUCUUGAACGCGUUUCCGAUUAUAUAUCGCAAGCCGUAGUUGGCCUUGAGCUGCCUCUACAUGUUGUUGCUUUCGAUUGUAUACAGGAUGAAUGCUGUGACAUGUUGCAACAAAUAGCAGAAGUUUCAAAAGGUCGCUAUCAUUGCUAUUCGUCAAGGCAUGAAGAGGAAAUAUUUGUCAGUACAGAUAUUGCUUUACUUAAACAGGAAUUAGAUAGAGGUGUAGAGGUAAUGAUGAGCAUGAAGUCUAUGCAAGCCGGUCUAUUAAGUGAUGCUUUGGAGGAGAAUAUUAACAAGGUUUAUUAA